AUGAGAAGAUCGCUUUUAAUUCCGUUUGUACAAAUUUUUAUUUUUGUGUUGUUUACAAAUUACUUUGAAUCAACAAGUGCAUUAAGUCUAAAGGCUGGAGCCUCCAACCCUUAUGACUCUAAUUCUGAUUCUGAUUCUGAUUCUGACUCAGAUCCCAGUUCACAGAGUACUGCACAUCCCACAUUAAAGAAAACUAGCAAGAAAAAAAUUAAAAGAAAGGGUUAUUCAGGAUUUGAUAAAACGGGACUUAGUAGUUCACUUUUAAGAUAUUUAGAACAGAAAGAAAAUGAAAGGCGUAAAGAAGAUGGUGAUGAUGAUGAUGAUGAUGAUGAUGAUGAUGAAAACAAGCAAAGAGAAAGAGAGAGAGAAAGAGAGAGAGAAAGAGAGAGAGAAAGAGAGAGAGAAAGGGAGAGAGAUAGAGAUAGAGAUAGAGAUAGAGAUAGAGAAAGAGAAAGAGAAAGGGAAAGAGAAAGGGAAAGAGAAAGAGAUAGAGAUAGAGAAAGAGAAAGAGAAAGAGAAAGAGAGAGGGAAAGAGAAAGAGAGAGGAGGGAAAGAGAAAGAGAGAGAGAAAGAGAGAGAGAAAGAGAGAGUGAACAAGGUAGAACUCAAAGUAGUUCUGCUCCACGCCCAGGAUUCCCCGCAAGAGGUGGUGUUUCCUCCGGUUCUUCGUCAGUUGCUAUUGCUAGAAAAUUAAUGGCAACUCUAGGUGGAAGUCCACGACCUCAAAUACCACCAAAACCAACAUUUUUAACCAGUUCAGGGGAGGGUUCCCAACAAUCUGCUUCAUUGUCACCUCCCCCACCCCCACCACCACCCCCACCACCACCACCGGCACCUACAUAUCCUCUUCCCUCUUCACUAAGUUCUCCGGGUGAAUCAGGACUCGGUUCUGACGAUUUCCCCCCGCCUCCUCCACCUCCACCACCUCUACCACCUCUACCACCUUCCGCACCAUCUCAAUAUCCAUCUCUUCCUCCUCCCCCAUACCCUACUUCUCAAUCACAAGUUACACUUCCAAUGCCGAUGCCAAUGCCGAUGCCAAUGCCAACUCCAGUUCCAGCUCCAGCUCCAGCUCCAAGUUCAUCCGGUAUCAAGCUUCAAGUUUGA